CGCGCGAGACACCUCGACACCCCGCAACCCCGGUAACAGGCUAGCCGUACAGGCUGUUAGCUGCCCAAAAUAUCAAGCUGAAUGAAGCCCUUUGCUUUGUAUGGAAACCACUAGCAUCACUGACUGGGUUCAUGUUGCAUCGCGAUAAUGAGGAGCGUUAUUGUGCUGUCGCUACUGCUGCUGAACAUAAAUCAGGUAAUAUCAGCCCCCAAAGGCGUCACUGCCAGUCUUAAAGCCAAGUGGAGCAUGACGCCUUUCCUCCUGGAGACGAGCGAAUUUAUUGGAGAAGAUGGGAAUGAGAAAUUCUGGCAGUUUGUUGACACUGUAAAAGAACUUACUGUAUACAAGCACGGAGAGUCGGUGCGCUCGUACUACAACUUGAUCAUUAAGAAAGCCGGACAGUUCCUCACAGAUCUUCAAGUUAAUCUUCUCAAAUUUGCUCUUGCCCUGCGCUCCUAUUCACCAACUGUUCAUGCAUCCCAGCAGAUAGCCAAAGAUGAGCCUCCGCCUGAGGCUUGCCCAGCCUUUGUCUCCAUCCAUGGGCAACACAGCUGCAGCACCAAGGACAUCAAGAAGCUCCUUAAGGCAGCUGCAGGCAGGCCAAAACCAUAUUUAUACAAGAAUGAUCACACAUAUCCAGGGGUCAAUAAAACAGAUGUGCCAGUUGUGAUCUUGUAUGCAGAGAUUGGAACAAAGAAGUUCACCUCUUUUCACAAGGUGCUGUCAGAGAAAGUUGAAAAGGGCACACUUACAUAUGUGCUGCGUCAUUUUGUAGCGAAUCCAAAGCCUCAAAAGAUGCUUUUAUCUGGGUAUGGUGUUGAGUUGGCUAUCAAAAGCACAGAAUACAAAGCUGUGGAUGACACUGAAGUAAAAGAUUCAAAGACGGUUAUAAAUGUGGAGGAUGAUGAUAAUGAUGAAGUCCAAGGAUUCUUUUUUGGGACAUUAAAGAAAUCUCAUCCUGAACUCCAGGAGCAUCUUGUUGAGCUUCGCAAACAUCUUCUUGAGAGUACCAAUGACAUGGCCCCUCUAAAAGUGUGGGAAAUGCAAGAUUUGAGUUUCCAGGCAGCUUCUAGAAUCAUGUCUGCACCAAAGUUUGAUGCUUUAAAGCUCUUGCGAGAUCUCAGUCAGAACUUUCCAAGCAAAGCCAGAUCACUGACAAGAGUGGCUGUAAAGCAGGAAAUGAGAAAAGAAAUUGAGGAGAACCAAAAGCACCUCAGUGAGACCAUUGGUGUUCACCCAGGAGACUGUGAGCUCUUCAUCAACGGGCUGCACAUUGAUCUGGACAUUCACAAUCCCUUCAGCAUCUUGGACAUACUUAAGUCAGAGGCCAAGGUCUUAGAGGGUCUACAUAAUCUAGGCAUAAAAGGAGAACAUCAAGAUAAGCUGCUGAGAUUACCUGUGAAUGCUGUGGAUGACAGUUAUGCCUUAGAUAUCAGACACCCAGCUAUAAUGUGGAUAAAUGACAUUGAGAAUGACCUAAUGUACCGAAGCUGGCCAACUGGUGUACAGGAGCUCCUCAGAGCCACCUUUCCCGGAGUCAUCCGGCAGAUCAGACGCAAUUUCUUUAACCUGGUGCUGUUCUUAGAUCCACUGCAGGAAGAAAGUGGUGAGCUCGUGAAGCUAGCAGAGCUUUUCCACAAGCAUAAGAUCCCCCUGAGAAUUGGAUUUGUGUUUGUUGUCAACACCAAAGAUGAGAUUGAUGGCUUCUCAGAUGCAGGGGUUGGAUUUUACCGACUGCUGAAUUACAUUGCAGACGAGUAUGAUUUACCCCAGGCUCUGAUGUCUGUGGUCUCACUGUAUAGCAAAGUCGAUGUAGGGGAGACGCUCUCUGCGGAUACAAUAACUGCUUACCUAAAGAGAAAAUUCCCAAAAGCCAACUCUGAAAGGAUUCUAGGAGUUGAAUCAGAGUAUGAUGAUAAAAGGAAGGAUGGUGCGCUCUUCUACAAAAAGAGUGGCUUGGGUGCCCUGCCUUUGGCUUUAUUUAAUGGAGUCCCUUUGAGCCCUUAUGAGAUGGACCCAGAGGAGCUGGAAACAGUCAUCCUUCAGCGCAUAAUGGACACCACUACUGCCUUUCAGAGAGCUGUCUUUAUGGGCCAGUUAUCUGAAGGCUCAGAUGUGGUAGACUAUCUAAUGGAACAGGCCAAUGUGGUUCCCAGGAUGAACCCUCUUAUUUUAAGCAGUGACCGAAAGUACCUUGACCUCACAGCCACUCCAGUUGCAGAUGAUUGGGAAGACACAUAUAUGUUUUCUUAUGUGGACACCAGAGACAAAACGGCAGUGAUUGCUAAGAGAAUGAAGUACUUCACAAAUAGUGAUGAGGACGGGAUGACUCCUGUAACUCUGUGGGUAGUUGGGGAUUUUCAGAAGGUGUCAGGACGAAAACUCUUGCUCAGUGCUCUGAAACACCUGCAGAAGGCCAGUCCUGGAGUGCGUGUGGGGGUGAUAGAUAACCCCAGUGAAAAACCCUACGACGAUAACACUGUGCUGUACAAGGCUAUCUGGGCCUCUCUCCUCACCCAGAAGAAUAAGGCUGCGGCAGAGUUUGUGCAUAAACUCCUAAAAGAGGAGAGCAGCCAGCUCCUCCAGCAGGGGACCAAGAUGAAAGACUUACUGAUGCAGGGCAUGGAUAUGGAUGCCUUUGAGAAAAAAUUCAACACCCUUGAAGUUGAUUUUAUCCGCACUCAGCAGUUAUUCUGUCAAGACGUACUGAAACUCAAUCCUGGACAGUGUGCAGUGAUCAGCAAUGGGAGGAUCCUUGGUCCGUUUGAAGAGCAGGAAGAAUUCACUGUGGAGGAUUUCCACUUGCUGGAAAAGAUUACUCUGAGCGGUUCUGCAGAGAAAGUCAAAGCCAGAGUUAAACAGAUGGGAAUGAAGCCAAAGCAUGCCAGUGACUUAGUUAUGAAAGUUGAUGCCCUGCUAACUGCAGCCCCCAAAGGAGAAGUCAGAAGAGAUGUCCACUUUAUCAAAGACACCCACAGCGUGCUUAAUCUCUCUCCACGUGAGAACGAGGUGUUCUAUGAUGUUGUGGCAAUCGUUGACCCCCUCACAAGAGAAGCACAGAAGAUUUCCUCCCUUCUGACUGUGCUCAGUCAAGUGGUCAAUGUGAGACUGCAGGUGUUUAUGAACUGCAGGGCCAAGUUGUCUGAGAUGCCUCUCAAGAGUUUUUACCGCUUUGUUUUGGAGCCGGAUGUUAUUUUCUUGGCCAAUGACACAGUGUCUCCAGGGCCAGUUGCCCGCUUCAUGGAGCUCCCAGAAACUCCGCUCCUCACUCUUAAUAUGAUCACACCUGAGAGCUGGAUGGUGCAGGCAGUCCGGAGCCCGUAUGACUUGGAUAACAUCCAUUUGCAGGAGGUGAACAGGGUUGUGGCAGCAGAAUUUGAACUGGAGCACCUCUUGCUAGAGGGCCACUGCUUUGACCUGUCAACUGGCCAGCCUCCCCGUGGACUUCAAUUUACGCUGGGCAUGAGCCGAGACCCACUCAUGUAUGACACCAUUGUCAUGGCUAACCUGGGAUACUUCCAGCUGAAAGCAAAUCCUGGAGCCUGGAUCCUAAGAUUACGUAAAGGGAGAUCAGAAGAAAUCUAUCAAAUCCUAACGCACGAUGGAACUGAUUCACCCGCAGAUGCUGGUGAUGUUAUAGUUGUGCUGAACAGUUUCCAUAGUAAGAUCAUCAAAGUCAGGGUGCAGAAAAAGGCAGACAAGCUUGGCGAAGAUCUUUUAAGUGAAGCUAGUGAAAGCAAAGGCAUAUGGGAAUCCAUAGCAAGUGUUUGGAGCACAUUUGAGAAAAGCAUCACAGGUGGUGGCUCAAAGAAGGAUGACAGAGAGAAGAAAAAAGACGACGUUCUGAACAUUUUUUCUGUGGCCUCGGGCCAUCUGUAUGAGCGUUUUCUGAGAAUAAUGAUGCUGUCUGUGCUUCGGCAUACACAAACACCUGUCAAAUUCUGGUUUCUCAAGAAUUACCUAUCUCCUUCUUUCAAAGACACCAUCUCUCACAUGGUAGAGUCAUACGACUUUCAGUGUGAGUUAGUGCAGUACAAGUGGCCCCGUUGGCUCCACCAGCAGACUGAGAAGCAGAGGAUUAUCUGGGGAUAUAAGAUCCUCUUCCUGGAUGUUCUAUUCCCUUUAGCUGUGGACAAGAUCAUCUUUGUGGAUGCCGACCAGAUAGUUCGAGCUGAUUUGAAAGAGUUGAGGGAUUUAGACUUGGAGGGUGCUCCUUAUGGCUACACACCAUUUUGUGAUAGCCGCAGAGAGAUGGAAGGGUAUCGUUUCUGGAAAACUGGAUAUUGGGCGUCACAUCUGGGACACAGGAAGUACCACAUCAGCGCCUUAUAUGUAGUCGAUUUGAAGAAGUUCCGUAAAAUUGCAGCCGGGGACAGAUUACGAGGCCAGUACCAAGCCUUGAGCCAAGACCCAAACAGUCUGUCUAACCUGGACCAGGACCUUCCUAACAACAUGAUUCACCAGGUAGCCAUCAAGUCUCUUCCUCAGGAGUGGCUGUGGUGUGAGACAUGGUGUGAUGAUACCUCUAAAACCACUGCUAAGACUAUAGACCUGUGCAAUAACCCAAUGACUAAGGAACCCAAGCUGGUGGCUGCAGCGAGGAUUGUGCCCGAGUGGGUUGAAUAUGACAGGGAGAUCAAAGAGCUGCUGAGACGGGUCCAGGAACAGGAAGACACAACAACACAAAAACAGAUUCCUGCUGCCUCACAACAUAAAAAAGCAGACAACCACCGUGAUGAACUUUAGUGUCUGCCAGCACCACGCUGAAGAGGAAGGAGGCAGGCACCUUUUGCACACAGGCCACCUGUGAAGCUUGAAGACAGACAGUUCCAUCUAAACAUAGCCAUGGAGUGUUACAUCUCCAGCUGGAGGACGAUGUGAUAUUUUCAGAUGCCAUACCUGCUUCUGCACUCGGUACAUCUUAGAGAAUCAACACGUGGUGUAAUUGUUAACUGCCAGCCGUGAACUCGUGUUGUGCUGAGCACUACAGACACAUCUUGUUAAGUAAGUGGUUCCUGAAAAAUGAAGCUAAAACAGAGAGUAAAAGCGUGAGGCCAUUAAGGGGCUUUAUUAGGUAUGUGUUGAAGGACAAACAGUGGGCAUUUAUUGCACUGAUAAUGUGAGCAAAGAAUUAAAUUAGCAAAGGCACAUUUCUACGAAUCUAAUUUAACCUUUCUUUGAAAAUUUUAAAAGCUACUUUUACAUCUUCUUAAUUUAUAAUUAUGAAAACAUUAGGACUGAAUUGCCAAAUGAAAGUUUUUAAAAAUUGCUUUUCAAGUUGUUACAUAAAAAAACGAAAGUGUUAAACGUCUUUGCAUCUACACACCUGAAAUGUAAAGCUCCCCUCGGCAGACAUUUAGGAAACAACGCUUCUCCUGCAGCAGUCCCCUCUCCUAUUUUUGCCACCCAAUGAUGUACAGCAUGUUCUGAAGGAAGAAUUAUCCUUCAUUAUAUUAUAUUACUUUUAUUACCUGGCCCAAAAAGACCUGUAAUUGGCCACAGGCUUUUGUCCCUGCCUAGAUUUUCCAGUCCAGUUCCCUCUCAGACCACAGAAAUGACAACACACUGAAAGGUUUUUCUGGAUUUUCUGGAUACCAGAAAAGUUAUCUGCCCAAGUUACAAAUUUUAUCUUUGUUAGCUGCUUGUCCAAAGACAGGGGGUGUAUCUUCAGCUAUUCAGUUAUUUUUACAUUAUUUUGGGGGAUAAAAUAAUUUUUUUAACCGUACCAAACAUCGAAUAUCAGUAUACAAACUAUGCUGCUCUUGUAUUUCAAAGACUGCGACAUGGAUCGUAGGUGGGUGAAGGUGUAGUCUUUGUCCCAAGCACAUGUAGCUCUGUCAUCAGUUCUGUCCCCUCAGGUGUAGCCAUGCAUUCACCUCUAUGGUGCAAACCAUUGUUUUUUUCUUUUCUAUGAUUUAAGGUAACGUGUAAUGUCAAAAAAAGAAACUCUAAAAAGUUGUUUAAAAUCACUAAUUGUUCUUUUGAUGUUUUCUCUCGACUCCAAAAAUUAUUUUUUUACCAUGUGAUGAAAAAGUAUUCCCUCGUUAGAUGGUAAAGUAUUAACUUGUUUCUUAAGUUAUAUCUCAGUGUUUGAGUAAAAGCCCACAUUCAACCUGGAGAGGUGAAGAAAAACAUUUAGCUUAAAAAUAAAUGUAAAAGCAGAGCAGUACAACUGCUGCCAUCUUCGUGUCCCGUGCACACGCUGUGAGACAACUGAGAGCCAGGCAGGAAAAAAAAAGAGUGUGGUGUAACAUAUGACUUUAGUUCAGCAGCCAGGAGGGGUGUACUGUGAAGCAAGUUUAACAUCGCAAGGCUUUUUCUUUGCAUUAGCUCACCAUAAAAGCUAAAGCCUGAAUCAGAUAUAGUCAGAGUGUGAUGACAGUGGUUGUAAAUGUUAUUUGUUAGCCCAGGCCCUUUUACUUAGGCUUCAGGCCCGGGCCCACACUUAAGAAAGUGGACCAACUCACUUCAGCCAAGAUCGGGGUGUUCUCCAAAGGCAGGGGUUGGCUGCUUUUUACUUCUACUGCAAAUGCUCUUCUCUACAUUUUCAAGCUUGAGUACACAUUAUUUGCAAAUAAAUCAAUAAAUUAUCUUUUAUUGAAUGAAUUAAGGUAGCCUGCAAUUAAAUAAAGUCAUUACAGUAAUCUUUAUCUCCAGCUGCACCAUUAAACUGAUGUAAACAUUAAUCAGUUAAUAGGAUGUAUAGAAUUCUGAAAAGGGCCAUCCUGCAUAAUCAGUAUACAGUUUAUUUCUGGUAAAUUUGUGGUAGUCAUGUUCUUUCAUGAUUUUGAAAGCAGAGCACUGCUACUCUUCAGUGAAGGUCAAUAAAUACUUCCUUAGCCACUAAAAUAGUUAUUAAAUUGAAAAUAGGUUACAUUUGUAAUAUUGGCUCAAAAGCCUGGAAACUUUUUUUUAUACACCAGUUUUAAAAGAUGUGAUAGUCAACCAAUAAUCAAAUAACUGCAAUACCAACAGUAUAAAACUGACUUGGCAGCAAAUCAGAACCAGUCGUAAGGAUAUUUAUCCCACAGCAAGCGUCUAUGUCAUUCUUUAAAAACUUAUGAAAACAUGGCAGUCUUUACAGCAGCUUGUCAUUCAGAACUGUCAAAACUGUGAGCAGGUAAGGAGUGCAUUGCAAGUAGAGAGCCACCUUGGUGACAUUGAAAUCUCCCGUCUUUAGUGUCAUCAUUGUUCUAGUGCAUUCAUCUUGCUUUGUGGUACAUCCCUCAGGCGAGACUUUAAUAUUACGGAUGAAAAACUCCUCAUUUGCACACUUAAGGUCGCGGUUUAUGGAUGGUAGGGGAUUUUAAGUUAUUACAAUAUGUUUACAUGUUAUGAGUUAUCAACUUCACUGUACUUCUACAGUUUUUCUUUGUGUUUUUUGUUUCAAUUCCACAAUGAACCAGUUUUGUCUCAGGAAUCAACUGUCCCAAGAUCAGUGUUGCUGCUGGACUGAAGCAAACGGCAGAUUUUUCUGUCUUAAAAGUGAACAUUAAAGAAAACGGGCGCAGGAAGGCUGCUCUCAGGGCACCCAUCUUUCACUGUGCUGUGUCAAACUAAACUGUUUAUAUUACUGUUUGGUGGAUCAAGAAUAAACCUUUGCUACAAAA